AAAAAGAGCAAACGUUUCCUGCCAGAAGCGGAGAGCGCGAACGCUGAGCCAUCGGCCUCCGGGUAGACAUGACAUCACUGGGCAAGUCGCUCCAGGUAGUCAUCCCGCCGGUGCCCACGGACGAGCGCCGGACGUCGCCUGAGCGCACCUCGACAGCGGUCGGCCGCGAGAGCCCCGCCGAGAGCAUCCGCCAAGUGAUCCUGAACGAGGUGAGUCGCAUCACGCAAAAGUCGGUCGCGUGGGUUCCCGACUCGCUCGCCGACAAGUGCUACCAGUGCCAAGCGAACUUCUCGCUCGUGCUGCGCCGCCACCACUGUCGCCGCUGCGGCAACAUCUUUUGCGACGCCUGCUCGCUCUCGCGCAUGCCACUCGUCUCGGCGGGCUUCUUCACGCCCGUGCGCGUUUGCGACAAGUGCUGCGAGGCUGCGAAGCGGUCCCAUCGGCACAUGGUCAACGAGCGGCGGCGACAGAGCUUGACGCAGAGCCUGCCUGCGUCCAGCAUGACGACCAUGCACGCCGACCUGCACCAUCAUCUGCCGAUCGAGGACGACGACGACAGCAGUCUCUACGACGUAAGUGCGAGUCAGAGCCCGAUGACCGCGAGCCUCGCCGACGCCGUGUGCAUUCAAACGAUUCCGGGCGAGGUCGUCGUCGUGCGCGGCCCGGAUGUCUACCUGCGGACACCCGACUAUAAGGACAACGAGCCAGGCACGUUGUACAUCACCAACUACCGCGUCGUCUUUACGAGCCUCCACAAGCCGCUCGCGAACGAGGUCGCGACGCCGCUGCGCCGCCGGUCGUCCAAGACGGGCCUCGGCAUCCAGAGCGCGCCGAUGCUGGCGCCGCCGCUCUACCACGCGAUUCCUCUGCGGUCGAUCGACCGCAUCAAGCGCCAAGAGCUGCCCGAGUCGGACACGGGCGUCCUCGACCUGGUGUGUAAGGACAUUCGGCGCCUCCAGCUCAUCUUCCCCGGCCUCGUCCAGCGCCAAACAUUUUCAUUUUUCGACAAGUGCGACCAGCUACUGCGGCACCCGAUGCCGUACUUUGCCAAAGUCUCGACCGAGACGUUCCCAACCGCUACGAUCGGCGACGGCUGGAACGUCUACGACCCGGUCGCCGAGUUCAACCGGCUCGGCGUCGGCGUCACCACCACGUGGCGCAUCACGAGCGUCAAUUACAACUAUUCGUUUUGCCCGACGUACUCGGCGGCCAUCGCAGUGCCCGCCACCAUCUCGGACGCCGUUCUCCUCGUGGCCGGCGCGUUCCGGUCCAAGGCGCGCAUCCCAGCGCUGAGCUGGCGGGACGUGCAGACAGGCGCGACCAUCUGCCGGAGCAGCCAGCCGCUCGUCGGGCUUGGGCAAAAGCAGUGUGCGGAAGACAUUGCGCUCAUCCAAGCGAUCGCGGCCGCCAACCCGUCGAGCAGCACGCUCGUCAUCGUCGACGCACGCCCGUGGGCGAACGCCGUCGCGCAAAAGACGGUCGGACGCGCCGGCUACGAGCUCACGGCGCACUACGAGGCCAAGCCCAGCAGCGACGAUGACGAGCCGACCGUCGCGACGGCGUCGAUGCACCUCGGGCUCACCGACUGCCGACUUGUCUUUAUGGGCAUUGAAAACAUCCAUAUCAUGCGCAAGAGCUUCCAGAAGCUCGUGGAUUUGUGCAUGGCCAAGGAGCAGCGGCCGGCCACGUCCGGCUCUAUCGGCAAGUGGAACGAACACGUCGCGGCCACCAAGUGGCUGGACCACAUUAGCUGCAUCCUCCACGCCGCCGUCGAGAUUGUGCGCCUUGUCAAGACGGAGAAAGCGAGCGUCCUCGUGCACUGCAGCGACGGCUGGGACCGCACGUCGCAGCUCACGGCGCUCGCCGAGCUCAUGCUGGACCCGCACUACCGCACGCUGCGCGGGUUUGCGCUCCUCGUCGAGAAGGACUGGUGCAGCUUCGGCCACAAGUUCUGUGAGCGCACGGGCCACCCGCCGCCGAGCGACGCGAUCAACGCCAGCGAGGUCUCGGUGGUCUUUCUCCAAUGGAUCGAGUGCGUUUGGCAGCUCAUGCGGCAGUUUCCGUGCUCGUUCGAGUUCAACACGCGGUACCUCAUCCUCGUGCUCGACCAUCUGUACGCGUGUCGCUUUGGCACCUUCCUCUACGACUCGGAGAUGGCGCGCGUCCACGAAGAGCGGUCGUCGCCGACGAUCUCGCUCUGGACGUACCUCUCGUCGCUCGAAGUCUCGCUCAUCUCCAACCCGUUCUACGAGCCGCGCAAGUACUCGCGCCAAAACUGGCACGCGCGCAUGAAGGAGCGCCGCCAAGCGAACGAGGUGCCGAUGCCGCCGUGGACCGAGCUGCCGCCACCGACCUUCGGCCUCGAAGAGAGCAAGGACGAAGACCUUGUGUUUGUGCACAAUGACACGACUGCGCCGGCGCGGACACCGAUGGCGUCGACGUCGCCGGCGUCACCGCCGACCGACAAGACAACGACCAAGACCAAGCUCGUGCAUUCGAUUGUCCAGGACCUCGACACGGGCCUCAUGUUUCCCCACGUGACCGAGGAGACCGUCGUGCCGUCGCGACCACCGCGGCACGUCCGAGACGCCCUGGUCGCUAGCUUUGUAAGCAACGCCGCCGACGAGAGCGACGAGAGCAGCGAGAGCAGCGCUCGUGUCUCGGUCAAGUCGCUGCGGCUCUGGACCGAGUACUAUCUGCGCUGGGACGCGACUUGCUCGAUUGAGCGCAACGCCGACCUUGAGCGCGAGGCCAAGCUCCGGGACGUCCUUGCGGAAAUGGAGGCGCUGCAAAAGGACGACGACGCGUCAUCGCCUGCGUGGGUCGAUGUCGUCGUGGAAGAGGCCGUCGAUGAUGACGCGAGUCGAUUCCGGCGCGAGAUGGACCGCAUGUGCAUGGCGUACGAAGACCAGCUCUCGCACUGGCUGCGCGGCUAA